CCGACUUCUGAAGUGCCGUUCUCCAGUCGCGACAUGCGUGGCAAAUGCUCUUCCACCGCGAAGACGCCGGCGGACUUCUCCCGAGUAACGAGAGUUUCAAUAUUUGCCCUUCGCAUCAGAACAAGACGAACUGGGAUGGACAAGGGUGGGUUCGGCCGUGAAUAUAAAUGAGGGAUGGCCGGCCCGGACGCCACGGCAUUCUUCUCCUGCCUUUUUGGACCGCCGGCGUUGGCAACCAAGUCGAGUUGCACGUGGGUACCGACAGGACCGGUCACAAUGCGAGGUUCCUAGCCGUCGACGCCGUGGGGCCAGCCCAGAUCUCUCGAAAACAACGAAUACUCCCUUUCCGAACUUCGGUAACGAGAGAGAGUGUGUGGCUGUGCUUCUUGGGAAAACCCGCAGCCAUUGCCCCCAGCCUAGUCCGGCUCCUUGUUAGGCAUUCAGUCGGCGAGAGGACCGGCGAUGGCACCGACGAACUACGUAUUGGCAUGUUGGAUCGGAUCCAGUGUGUCCAUCCUGGGGGGAGUCGAGAGAGGAAAAAAAAAAGCCUACGGGUUGGUGCGUCAAGAGCAGGUACCUGCCCCUAUGUUGGCGAGUAUUAGAUAAGCGAAGUGGCACGUCGGAUCGGCGGCUGCAGGGCUGCCGAGGCGUUAGGUGGACCCGACCCUCUGCACAUAAUCUCCAUAUAAGGUAGAUACCUCCUAGUAGUUUGGUAUAGGUAGGUGCUUAUAUGCACAGAAUGUACAUUAGGUGCCUACGAACCCUGUAGGUGAGAGCAACGCGGCUUUGCCUUCUAA